CACAACGCAAAUGACUACAACAAAAAGCGUAUGGAUGACAUUAAUGACAACAUGGAAAUCGGAAGCAACAGAAAUGAUAACGCAAUCCACGUUAAGACCAGCAGAAAAGACAACACAGCAAUCUACCUUCUCAACAGGCACGACAAAAGUAGCUACGUCAGAUCAACAGACAACUACGUCAGAACACGUGGUAACUACGUCAGAAUACUUGGAAAUUACGUCAGAAAACCUAGCAAUUACGUCAGAAAACCUGGCAAUUACGUCAGAAAACCAGGCAAGUACGCCAGAAAACCAGGCAACUACGUCGGAACAACAGACAAUUACGACAGAACACCAGCCAACUACAACAGAACACCAGCCACGUACAACAGACGCAUCAAUAGCUACAACACAACAACACCAACUAACGAUGACAAAUGUUUCAGUGUCUACCACUCAACUAUCUGUCUCAAUGUCGUCAAGUUCGACAUCUUCACCAGGUUGCGAGUGCCCAUGCUCUAGAAAACCCAACAUUUAUGAUAUGGAAACGUUGGUAGUACGUCUUCAGUCAAUGCAGAAUGAACUGAAAGUAAACAUCGCCAAACUUUCCAGUUCCAUCCGGAAGAAAAUUUCUGUUCCAGACAACCGAACCUCCUCCACUUUCAUGGGAACCGUGCUUGGUUUGGGUUUUAUUAUCACUGCCACGUUGCUGUUAGUUAUAAGUGACUUGCCGCUCUUAAUUCAUCAUUUCAAAUACGGAAUCCAUGUCAAUUGUAGGCAAUGCAAAAACAAAAAAUAAACAUUCACUUUUAACAGGACGUUAUAUCAGCAGCAUGGUUUGAACAUCUGAAAGUGUCCGUUACUACAAAGAUAUAAAUAUUUUUGACCAAAUCGCUGGCUAGUACAGUGUAUGUACAGGUAUUCUUACUCAUUAGUGUAGUGUAUUUUAAAAUGAGUCUUGUAUUGAAAAUUAAGAAAAACUGAUACAAUGUAGAGGAACGACAUCAAACUUUUGAUCUUCCCUGUCAUCGAAUUGUUGAACCGUCUUUAAUACUAUUUUAGAAAAAGUGAAGGUUUAAUGUCUGUAUUACAAGCAUUUGACAAUGAACGUAAUUUUCAGGUUCCCUUGGUCUAAUUAAGAUCACAACAUCCCCACAUUAACAUGACUUUGAGUCAAUAUUGAUAUCACGUUUUAUAAACCGUAACUAGAUCUUCUUUGAAUUUCUUGACCCUUCACAGGAAAGGAAUUAACUUGAAUAAUUGAUGUUUCUUCACACAUUUCACGUCUCAAUACCGGCUGCUG